CAUGUAGUUUAGUUAAACUACAAGAUUCAAUGAGGGUGAAGUUUGUUUUUCCACUUCCAUAAGGACGCGGAAGGAGUAAAGUGCCUUCAAAGUGCGAAAAGCUGCCUUGGGAGAUCGUAAAGUUUUACAACUUAUAAACUAUUUCGUAUGUCCCCUCCUGGGAAAAUGUUAGUUAAAGGGUUGAUUAACGUUUUUGUGCAGGUCUCGUCAGGAGGGGUUAUUUAUAAAAUUGUUUUUUUUACUCUCGAAGUAGACGAAUUCUCGGUAGGGUGUCGCAGCACGUCGCAGCACUCGGUGAUGUUUUCCAUUGUCAUGGAACAAAAGAAAAUAAUUAUUAGUUCUAAUUAUGUAUAUUUAGGUAAAAGUUUUAAGCAACUUUUUUUCUUUUUUCCCCAGUGGGAGUAGAUUUUCUGUUUAUGUAUAUAUAUUCUUUCUUUCUCUCACACCAGCUGUAUGUUUUGAAUAUAUAUUGAAUUGAGUUUAUAAUUGUUUUUUUAUUAGGUGUUACAUAACCAGCUGGCAAGUGGUUCACAUUUUUUUUUAAUUCCCUUGACACCUUUGUGGGUUUUUUAUGAAGUUUUUUUGAAAAAUAAAGUAUUCAUAUUUGAAUUUUGCUGUGUCAACAUGUCUGCUUCACAUUCAGAGUAUAUUCAAAAGCUAUGUAGAUUGUGUGGGAAGAAAAUUGUGAAAAGUAAACAUUACGUUAAUUUUAAAUCUUGUGAUAUUUACAGUGAAGUGUUUCAAUCUAUAUAUGGAAUAAAUUGUGAACAAGAAGAUCCUUGUGUAUUUCCUAAAUUUACUUGUAAUGGAUGUAGAAGAAAAUUAGAUGAGAUGAAAACGUCAAAAAAAAUAAUUGGUACUGCUGCAUCAUUUUACCCUCAUGUGGAUGAAAAUUGUGUGUGCAUGAAUUAUGCUGUAAACAGAAAAGACAGCUUAAAAAUACUGGAAUUAGAUGUGAGUAUGAAGAAAGUUGGUUUUAGUAUAUGUGAUAAAUCGGAUAACUAUAAACGUGUCUAUACCCUUUGUCAAAAUGAAAAAGAAUUAAACCAUUUGCUUACAAUACGUAUAGACAACAGCAAUGGUUGGGAUUUCUCCAUAUAUGGGAAACCUAUGGAGAAAGAAACAAUACAACUAACAAAAACUCUGCCAUGUGUUUUGAAAAAUGAUGAUAUUUCAACUUUCUCGUCAUUCUGGAAGUCAGUCAGUGUUUGCACGGGGUUACAAGGUUAUGAAGAUGUAAUCAAGUCGAGAUGUAAUUUCGAACAGCCAUUCAUGAAUCAGAGUGGAACAUUUCCAGUAGCUUUUGUUGAAGACGAUAAAAUGGUCAGAUUUGAUGAAGACAAUUUUAAAACAAUACGCCAUACCAACUGUCAUUUUUUAGCUGAAAAACCUUCAUCUGUAUGUAGUAUGUGCAAUUCUUUUAAACCAACAGUUAAAAAAGUUAGAAGUAGACGGAAAAGUGAUGAUUCUGUGCUUGAUUCCUCACAUACAAACAUUCGAUAUCUUUCCAGAGAAGAACUAGAGGAAAGAUAUCGCAAUACUCAGGGAGAAAAACAGAGAGCAAUAAAGAAAGUUGCCCAAUUAUCAUCUUGGGUAAGAAAAAUUACUGAGAAAGAAUGCAUCCAUGUUGAUGAUGAGCAACACGAAUUUAUAAAAAAUAUUGUUUGCAAUGAGGAAACAUGUCCUGAAAUACCCGAAGGCAGUCCCCAGUGGUUGUUAUGGGAGCAACAAAAAGAAAUGGCUUCCAAAAGUUCACCUAAUGGCAUGAGAUGGCACCCACUAAUUAUUAGGUGGUGCCUCAGUUUAUACCACCAUUCACCAGCAGCAUAUAAACAUUUGCGAAAUCCGAAUUUGAAUUUUUUAAAACUCCCACAUAUUGACACACUUAAAAAAUACAUAAACUUCACUGAUCCAAUGUGUGGAUUCAAUCCAGAUGUCAUUGAAAGAUUAAUAGUGGAUAGUAAAAUUGCAACUCUGGAUGAUCACCAAAAAAACGUUUCGCUUAUUUAUGAUGAGAUGAAAAUAAAAGCUGACUUGGUGUUCAGACAGUCAACUGGACAAUUGGUUGGUUUCACUGAUAUGGGGGAUAUUAACGAUGAGUUAGUUGAAUUUCAAAAACGUGCUGAGGGAUCAUCAGAGAAUGAUCGUCACUUUGCUUCCUAUGUGAUAGUGUUUAUGGUUCGAGGAAUUGUUUCAUCUCUGGUGUAUCCUUUUGGAUAUUUCGCAUCAUUGGGAUUUACCUCUGAUCAGCUCUAUCCAUGUGUAUGGGAGGCGACAUAUGUAUUGGAGGCAAUUGGUUUUUAUGUUCGAGCAUUUAUUUCAGAUGGUGCUUCUCCCAAUAGGAAGUUUUACAAAAUUAUGGUGACACCUGAUAUUGGUAACACAUAUUGGACCAACAACUUAUUAUCAUUGGACAGAAAGAUCUUUUUUAUAUCCGAUGUCCCUCAUCUCAUUAAAACAACGAGAAACUGUUUCGAGAACUCUCAUGGAAACAAUAAUACACGCAAUCUUUUUCUCGAUCACAUGGAUAUCAGCUGGAACCAUCUUGUCAAUGUUUAUGAAUGGGAUCUGAAUUUACAUGGAGCAGCACCUGGAUUAAGGAAACUUUAUAAACUAAAAGAGGAUCACAUAAAGUUAACUCCAAGGUUGAGGAUGCAAGUUAAGUUGGCUACCCAAGUUUUGAGUAAAACAACUGCUGAUGCACUUGAGGUUCAGGGGCUGCAUUAUACGAAAAGUACAAUAAAGUUUGUGCGUAUGUUUGACCAAGUUUUUGAUUGCUUGAAUGUAUCUUCAAUUAAUCAAGAUCGUGGCGGAAAAAUAGCUCUUGCAGCAUAUAGAGAUGUUAACGAUUGGCGUUUUGAGUUUUUAGAGAAAGAAUUCCUCGAACAUUACCUGGGAAGGUGGGAAGAACAAGCCAAUGACACACCUAAUUUAUCCCAAGAUGAAAAAAAUAAAUUGUUAUUGAGCAAACAGACGAUAAAUGGUUGGAAAAUAACAGUGAAAUCAUUCGUGGAACUGACCAAAUUACUUCUCCAGAGUCCAAAUGUCAAGAUGAUUUUGAGCGAGAAAUUCUCACAAGAUCCAUUGGAGGAACAUUUCGCUCGUCAAAGACGAAGUGGUGGUACAUGUGACAACCCAACACUUUAUCAAUUUGGCCAACAAGAACUUUCUUUGCUUGUUAUGAAAUCUGAGUUGAUCAGAGAUCUACGUGGAAACACUCGACGUGGUAAUCAAAAUCAGAUUCACCUAGACGUAAAUGAUAUGAGGAAACUUCCACAGAAAAGAAAGAGAUAGUUAUUUAUAUAUUGAUACUUUUGGAAACAUGAUUGUUUGACUAUUUUAUUUAUAUUUUUUCUGAGUAUGUCAGACAUUUUUUCCAUUACGCUUUUUCAACAUAGAAGUUCUUUUGUUAUUAGUGCCUUGUCUUUUGAGUCACAUCUUUUGCAAAUAUUUUUAGUGGAGUACGAUUUUGACUUUGAUUUGAAACAUUUUUUUGAAAACAUCAAAUCUUAGAAAAUAAUUGAGAUUAAAAACAUUUAGGAUUGCUACUUUAUUAUUGCUAUGUAAUUUUUAUUUAUGUCAUCGGGAAAUUACAACUAUUACGGAAUUUCUUUUAUCUUCAUUUCGAAUGGAUCCGCCAUACGUGAAUAAAUAUUACAGUUUUGUUUUGCUUUUUUACAUACUCACUUCGCGAUAUGUAGAACAACCCUGGGGACAAGUUUCAUUAUAUUCCCAACAAGAAUUCAUGCGAAGGAGUGUCGAAAUUAAUAU